AAAAAGGUCAUUCAAGAGUACAAAAGAAUGUACAAGAAACCCUUCAAGAGCGCAUUCAACAAGCUUACCUUGAAAUUGGUGAACAUGCACUGCGCAGAUUCAACAAACACAACGGACUGCGCAAUAUAUGCAAUGCAUCACAUGUCCAAAUAUGUUUGUGUGCGUGCAGAUGGCCAUGAUUGCGCAUUCCCUAUGAUAGGCAGUGAUUCG